UGAUUUGGGCAAACCUUCAGCACUGCUGUCUGCCCUGCAGCUUGCGAUGUUUACUGUGUUGCAAUUAUGUAACCGUUUCCGUAAAUUAGCAUUAUGUAUGUACUUUUCAACAAUACAAUGUAGCUCUCCUGCAACCAGCUGUUUCCCGCCCUGACAUACAUCCGAUCAGCUGCAACAACACAUUCACGCAGGCUAAGCUAUGCGGAGGGAGGAGGGGCAGUCAGAGAGCGCCACACACAACGAGGCGAGCGAGGGAACCCCAUCAGCUGGAAGUCGAGUAAUGUAGUAACUUCCAACACUUAGCCAAAACCAAUUGUGAGGUCAAGGGCUUCUGUAAGUACUUGCAACGCAAUAGCCACGGUAAAUAUCUAAUAGGGCACUUGAACCCCAUACAUUGGAUAUCUGGACGUGUUUGGGAUUCUUCCAUUGAUUAGAAAGCAACAUCGUGGAUUUAAAACUGGACAGGAAAGCAUGGAGUAUUUCAUGGUACCAUCUCAGAAGGUGCCCUCCUUGCAGCAUUUCAGAAAGACUGAAAAAGAUGUGAUCGGAGGACUGUGCAGCUUGGCGAACAUCCCUAUGCCGCAAGAGACUGUACGUGACCAGGAGAGGCGUGUGAGGAGAGAGAUCGCCAAUAGCAAUGAGAGGCGGCGUAUGCAGAGCAUAAAUUCUGGCUUCCAGUCACUCAAGACCCUCAUACCACACAGCGACGGAGAGAAGCUGAGCAAGGCUGCCAUUCUGCAACAGACGGCGGAGUACAUCUUUUCUCUGGAGCAGGAGAAGACACGCCUCCUACAGCACAACAACCAGCUCAAACACUUCAUACAGGAGUUCACUGGCUCGUCCCCGAAGAGGAGGCGAGCUGAGGAGAAGGACGAAGGAAUCGGCUCUCCUGACGCGCUGGAGGAGGAGAAGAUGGAUGACCUGAGGAAAGAGAUGAUCGAGCUGCGGCAGCAACUGGACAAGGAGAGAUCCGUACGCAUGAUGCUGGAAGAACAGAUCCGCUCGCUGCAUGAUCACCUGUACCCAGAGCAGCUGAGGGUGCUGGCCCAGCAGGUGGAGGAGCAGCAGGCCCAGAUCCAGAACCAGAACCAGGUCAAGGCCCGUCUACAGCGGCAGCAGCCACAGGAGGCAGCAGAGAGGGAAGGACGCGUGGCACGCAGCCCCCAGAACUCAACUCCACCCACCCCUCCGGCUCCAACCAAUCACCCAACAGUAAUAGUGCCCGCCCCUGCCCAGGCCCCUCCUCCUCACCACGCCACAGUGGUUACCAUGGGGCCGGCCUCUGUUAUCAACACAGCGUCCACGUCGCGGCAGAACCUGGACACCAUAGUGCAGGCCAUUCAGCACAUCGAGGGCACGCAGGAGCGUCUGAUGGCAGAGACGGAGCAGCGGAGAGUGGUCAUCGUGACGCCGGCUCAUACGCUGUCCGACCAGGCGUACUCCGACACCACUUCAGAUGCAGAGGACCUGGAAGAUGACAGCUUACUGCCUUGAUCCAAUCCCUUUAAAAACAUACAGUACAUGUAUAUGAAUAUGAGAAGUGAUCUCAUAUGCCACCCCAUCGAUAAGAAAAAAACACACACACAUGGACACAUGACAUGCAACUGGGUACGACGACGACAACAAAAUUGAGUGCAGGAGUGGACUGGCCAUCAAGAUGCUGCUGCUGCUGUGGUCCCUGCAUGUUCGUUCAUUUGGUCAAGACUGACAUUGAAAUCGAAAAACAAAAGAAACCCAACAAAAACAAUCAAACAAAAAACACAAUCAAACAAGCCAACGGUUCCCCAUGGCCCUGGGCACCUGAGUUGCAUAGCUUUAUGAGUUUCUGAAGGAACAUCACAGUCCUCUUACUACAGGAUGCUGAUUGAUUGGACCUCUAAACUUCCUCCAUAUUACACUGAACCCUUCGAACCCAAUGCUGUACUCCAGACACCUUCUCCUACUCCUAGUUACAGUAGUUAAGAGCUGCUCUGAGUUUGCUGACCGUGGGGCAUCUCUCUUGCUGCCUUCAGGCCGACAAAGACGGUGCUGGUGCCCGUUCCCAUUCCCGCACCACUUCUGUUCUGGAGCAAAGUGCUUACCUGCAGAACCAUCCGCAGUCACACCGGGCUUUGUACUUUCCCGCAUGUGACCCGUGCAUUACCCGGAUGCACCUGCUGACAUCCGUGUUGUCGUCACGGUUCGCAGAGAAAAGCCCCAAAAGUAUUUUUGGGUUUGCAUCAUGACUGAUUGCAUUUAUUAUAACGAUAAGGUGGUGAUUGAUAGCACAGUAUAAAGCAGUAAAUGAACAGAAAGGUUCAAGUAAAUGAACACAGCAGUUCAAGAUGAGGUACGGGAACAGGCACUGGCACGGGGCUCUGUGGGCCUGAACACAGCAUCUGCUCUCUUCUCUCCAUGUCCUCCUCUAAAAGCUGUUUUGUUUGUAGUUUCUCCUCGAUAAGAGGCUGCAUAAAAGCUGAAAGCAUGGCACUGUGAGCCCUUCACACUUCUACACUGCCAUCUACUCAAUCAACUUACGGUAUUCAGUUGUUUUCCUCAUUUAUACCCAAUGGAUUGGGUCAGAUCGGUGAUGUUGGAGAGCGUUAACAUCUCUGUCUUCAGUCAAACUGCAGCCGAAUGCAGCAGGUAUCUGCACUUAUAAUUUUGCUCUUUUUUUCUAAUUCUAUCUGGGCCGUGUUCACACUAUGUUGUGAGUGAGAGCCACACUAGGCUGGGUUCCUGGUGUAUUAUCCCGAGAGGUCCGUCACAUACCACCUGGGGUGCAUCCCAAUAUGUGUCCUUGCCUCCUCCACUUGUGCUUGUCUCCUCGUCCCGCCUCCUGGCCCCUCCUCCGUGGAGAAAACGAUAAAGUUUCCCAGCUGUCAGCCUCGCCACAACAACUUUUGAAGGACUGUUUUUCAUUCACCAUCCCAAUUGCAAAUGAGAAAAAGACUUUACAAUUGAGCUUUUGCAAGAUAUUGAAAUAUAAUGCUGUUGUCAGUGAUGUCAUCAUGACGAGAAGCAAGUGGAGGAGGCAAGUGGAGGAGGCAAGGUCACAUAUUGGGAUGCACCCCUGGCCUACUCUGAGAUGCUGUGGCUAAUGUGGCUCCUGACCUCUCGUGCUGUAUGUGACGUAUCCUGGGUUUUUUCCCUCCCCUGCGUGUUUUGACCUUUUUUGUUAUGGAAUAAGCUAACAGUCAGAAGAUGCUCCCUGUAAGGCCUUUUGUAAUUAUUGCUGCGUGUGUGUGCGAGUUGGCACGCAUUUCCUGCCUUUAGGGAAGGUGCGUUGCUCGCUCGCUCACUCACAUCUACACAUCUGCAAAGAAGGAUGCCAUCAAGGUUUUACAGUCGUUGAGGUUAGCACUACUUAUCUUUUAUACAUCUCUAUGUGAACUCUCUCGUUGGGGGGGCAUUCAUUGCUCCUUACAUUUUAUAAGAAAUGUUUUUUUUUGUCCUUGGCUUUUGUUUCAAUUUUAUAAUGUAUAUUUGCAUUAUUUUGUCUGAAGGAGGACUGAAGUCUGUAUUAUUACUUUUUAUAUAUGUGCUAAAGAGAGGACGGAGCAGUAUAACACCAGCGCUUUUCACUCUAUGCACUGUACAUUCUGCCCUCUCGUACCAUUAUGUUUCAAAUACGUGUGUUCCAAGUCUGUUAUUUUUUGCAUAUGGGCGCCCUGUCAAAGUCAAGUUGUGUGCUAAAAGAGGGGUGAGGCGGCGGUUACACUGUGCGAAGAGGUUACCCAUAGCAACCAGAUAGAACUCCAAGGCAGGCAGCAUAGCCAAUCCCCUGGCGGGAAGACAGCCAUGAUCAACCAAUCACAAAAGCCUUUGGAAGCAUGGGAGUAUUUUACACUAACGCAUGACGGUGCUGUUUCCAUGUUCAAAGGCCCUAUCCUUCAUCUAGCUCUGGAAGAUUUUUUUCCUGGUAUUACUGGGAAGGGAUGGACAGAGACUCAAUACAACUCCCUCAGAGGUUUUAUUGUUAAAUUUUUAAUAGGCACUUAAUCUAGCCAUGUAAUGAAACGGUGAUUUUCAAACUUUAAAAAAAAUGAGAGUUUUGUUAAGGACACUUGGCUGUACCGGUUUAUUAUUAAGGAAUGAUGCCGUUCUGGUACUGAGAUGAAUUCCUCUGAUGGUUUUUAUUUGAAAAGCCAGAACUCAGGAUUGGGUCAAUAUCAACUUAGUUUCAGAAGAUGUGAUCACCUGUCUUUUGGACCCCUUAAAUUCAUCUCUAACAUUCCAGAAUAAGCAGUUGGAUUUUGAUUGUAUGUGUCCUGUUCCCUUUAUUUGUAUGUAUUGAGUUGAACUUCAGACUGAUGAACGUAUGAGUUUACUGUAAACAUUUGGAGCAACUCAACUUUUUGAUCUGACUACUAUGUCAUUCAAAGUACUGAUCUCUGUGAUCUCUCAAUCCCUCUGUACAAAAAAUGUGUGAGUAUACACACACAGCGGUAUAGCUUUCAAAACUCCUCUUUUUUAAUUUUUCAAGCCUCUGAUGCUCCCCCUGGUUUACAAAAAGUAAUCGUCCCUUUUUAAAUAUCUGGUUUUCAUCACAAACAAGUCAACUUAUGACCUGGGAGAUAAAUGUUUGUAAGGAAGCACUUAUUCAUUAUCACAAGGGUGAUCCUACCCUUUUUGUAUGAAGCAUCAGUCUUUUUUUAUUACUCUGAAUGGGGAGCACAGACCAAUGUGUGCAAGUCCCACGCUCUCUUGCGUUGUCACACCUGUACGUUGAAAGUGCUAGUUACAGCAUGUCACCACCUGUCUCAUUCACUCCAAUACAUUGUUGUUGUUGUUGUAAACAGUCUUUUCUUUUGUAGACCACAUUCUUCAGUGAUGUCAAAGUAUUCGAUUUGGCUUGCUGUCUUUAACUGGGGAAAGAGGCUUGUGCCUUUUGUAAAGAAAAAAAAGACAUUAAUAAAGUUUGUACUUGUUUUUUACA